AUGGAGAGCGAUGGACACGAUGCAAGUAAUCGCGACGAGCCGCAACAGCAGGAUGCCGCAGAAUCAAGAUCCUCCUCUACCUUGCCUUCUUCAUCGCAGUCAGCGGUUGCUUCCACUUCCAGGGCUCCAUUCCAGUCCUCUCCCGUUCCAGCUAGGUUCAGGCGCCACUUGGAUCCAAGCAAUGCUCCGCCACCGCCUCCACCACGCAGGCGCUCAUCUUUAAGACACGACUCGUUCGCAGACUCUGCAUCCAGCGAUGGCGAGCAGGAUGAGGACGACGGUUUUGACGGUCCAAGUCUCAAUCGCUUCCACUUUUCCAGAGGAUACUCGAACACCUUCACUUCGGGCAAUCCGGGGAUAAUACCGAACACACCAACAACGCCUCUCACGCCGUUGACUCCUCUGGUUCACGGCUUGCAUCGUCCAGGUGGAUCGUUUGUCUUUGGCCAACGUCGAAAGUCAGGGUUGUCAAAGGAAGCUAUCUUGGGCGCACAUUUAGCGCAGGAGCCAGCUGCCACAACGACUUCGGAGAAAGAGACAGCAGUCGCUUCCACAUAUACCGUAGAGACUGAAGUAGCAACGACAGAAGAGGCACAGCGGGUACCGCUUACACCCACCUCGGUACCGGAAGAGCAAGGAGAGGAAGCCAAAGAUGCUCUGUCUCAGAGGCGGCCAUCUAGCGCGUCCACAACAAGCUCGAUACCGGAAAGCCGACCCAGUGACUUUGUCAACUCGGUACACAGCGACCUUCUAUCUGACUCCAUCCACGUCGAGACCCUCAGAGAAGGAGCACAAACACGCCCUCUGCUGACUCAACUACGAGAGCGUCGGCCUAAAACAUCAGCACCGGCACAAACCAUGGAGCAAGACCCGUUUGCAGACUCGAACGAAGCACCCACCAAGCCCUCCCUCUCGCCCGGAGAAUCGCAACGCCUCAAUGAAGCCGACAAAGACGGCGAUCUCGAAAAAGGCCAACUCCCCAUUCCAGGUGGGAAGAUGGGAUUCGACCAAUCCGCCUUCCCCGACUACGCCCCUCUCGUCCAAUCGCGCGUCACAGUGGGUCGUUGGGGACUCAUGCUAGCCAUCGGAGCGCUCAACAUGGGACUCAUCAUCCUGUUCCUCUUCCUCGCACCGCCCAGUGCAUCGCUCGUAGUUAUGAUAGCCCUCAAAUCAAGAGAUAUCCUUUCCGUCCUCUGGCAAUCUCUGCUCUACAUCAUCUCUCUCCUCACCUACCCCUUGGGCACCAAAAAGCAAGCAGUCAUCCAUCCACCACGCAAAAUCGUCUCGCUUGUACCCGUAUACAAAGAAUCAACCCAAGACCUACUCGACACAGUUGAUUCCAUCAUCAAAGACAACCCAGUGCGACCUGAAGAUUUCAACAUGAUCGCUAUCAUGGCUGACGGGUUCGAUGUCGAAGACGACGUUAUCAUCCAACAUACGAUGCUCCGUGUUGAGGAUUUCCCGUACUUUUCUUGGAAGAUCCGCGAAUCAGCCUUCAGGCUGCAGUUCGGGCUCAGGAUGGGAUUGCCGAUUGUCAUCGUGCGCAAAGUCAAGAAUGCCGGGAAGAAAGAUUCGCUCAUCUUUGCCUUUGAUCUGUUCAACAGCGAUAAUGAGGCCACUGGGCAUUGCAAUUCAGAAGCUAGAGAGAUGGUGUUGGAUCAUAUUAGGAAGUUGUACAACCAACCGGAUCUGCAGCAUUUUGAUUUCCUUUUCUGUACUGAUGCAGAUACCAAAAUCCUCGCAGGUUCGGUCAACGCGCUAGCCGAUCGAUUGAUGGACGAGGGAGAAGAGACAGUGGGAGCAUGUGGCAUUGUCGAAGCUGAUUUUGACAAGCCAGGGAGGAGUUGGAGGAGUUGUGGAUUGUGGUAUUUCUGGGAUCAUUUCCAAGGGUUCCAGUAUACGUAUGGUCAGUGGAUUCGUCGCCGCUCAGAAUCUUCCUGGGGCAGAGUCACUUGCAUGCCUGGAGCCAUCACGAUGCUUCGUACUGGAUGCAUACUAGGCCAAGCAAGUGCCGAGUACCGCAAACACGUCGCAAACGGCAACCUCAUAAACCGUCAAGUCCAGUAUCAAGGAACCGACCGUCGACUAUGCUGGACCAUCAUCUCCCGUUCCAAAAGCGUCCGUACCGUCCUCGAAACAAGAGCAGCAUGCUUCACCAUCCCUCCUCAAACCCUCUCGCACUACCUCUCUCAACGUCGUCGCUGGGGUUCAAACGCAUACUUCAACGCCUUCGUAACAAUGAGCCAGCAAAACCAACUGCUUGUCACGCGGUUAUGGAUGUCUUUGGAGCUUUGCAGAUCAACACUGGUAUUCUUCAGAAUGUACAACUUCUGUCACUUUGUGUAUAACUUAGUGACAAAGUUCAGUAUUGUUGCAGUAGCACCCUUGUUGGCGAUCACCAUGUUACCGCAGAUCUGGUUUCUAGUGUUCGUAUGCGUAAGCACGAAAAGGUAUAGACCGCUGGUGGUACAUUUGUUAUACGGGGCUGUGCUGAAUAGGUUAUGUAGUAUAGUGUUGACUCCGACGGUGUAUGCCAAUGUGCUUUUGGGAUUCGGCGACUUUAGGUGGGGAAAGAGUCAUACCGGGGCUAAUGCUGCACAACAGGCACAGGCAGGACAGGAGUCAGGGGAAGACAAGGAAGGCGAGGUCGAUCUGGAAAAGGCAGAUAGAGGCAACCAGAGACCGCUAACUUCACCCAAGGAUCAGACUGAGAUUUGCUAG